AUGGCAGCCCUCUUCCAGCAGCGAUUCGAGACCGCGAAAGCUGCAGUCAAGCGAAAGUCCAGCAUUCAAGGCUGGGUCAUUCCUAAGCAGACAACAACCUUCGCCGAUGCAGAUACAUGGAGCAAUAUCGAUGCUGAUGUUACGCCUGUCGAACGACGUACCUGGACAUCUCUAACCAUCCUCGGCUUCUGGAUCUCGGACGCUAUCAACGCUCAAGGGUGGCAGGCUCCUUCAUCUAUCAUCGCCGUCGGGUUGACCUGGCGAGAGGCUGUUUACUGCAUCAUCCUUGGUUGUCUGAUUGAUGUGGUCCCGCUCGUUCUCAAUGGCGCUAUCGGUGCACACCUCCAUGUACCGUUCCCUGUCGCAGUACGUUCUUCUUUCGGAUUUUAUUUGGCCAGAUUUGCUGUGGUUGUAAGGUUGACCACUGCUUUAUUCUGGCACGCCAUUCAAACCUAUACAGGGUCAACAGCCAUAACCCAAUGUAUUCGCGUCAUCUGGCCUAGUUACCUUGAUAUCCCAAAUCACAUUCCAGCUUCGGUUGGUAUCACCUCGCAACAGUUGAUAUCACACUGCCUGUUCUGGAGCAUACAGUUUCCGUUCUUGUUGACGCCACCUCACAAGUUGAAAGCAUUCUUCUGGUUCAAGGCGGUCGUCGUGAUUGCAGUUUCAAUAGCCACAGUCAUUUAUAUGACACAGCUCGCUGGCGGAACAGGUGACAUCUGGAAACAGGAGUACCAGGUAUCUGGAUCGAGACGCUCGUGGCUGAUCAUGUCCAGCUUGAUGAGUGUUGCGGGUAGCUGGGCGACAAUGGCUACCAACGUCGCCGACUUCACAAGGUAUCUCAGAGAUCCUAAGGGAGUAUACUGGCAGGGUUUCUUCCUGCCUCUCAUCUGUCUUGUUCUUGGACUGUUUGGCAUCAUCUCGACAUCCUCGGCCAAAGUCGUCUAUGGCGAGUAUAUCUGGGAUCCCAUUGGGCUUGCAGCUCAGUGGGAAACGCCCGGAGGAAAGUGUCUUGCUUUCUUCGUCGGCUUUGCAUGGUGUAUCGCUCAGAUCGGCACGAAUCUAAGUGCCAAUGUCAUCAGUGCAUCCAACGAUCUGACCAACUUGUUUCCAAAGUACAUAAAUAUUCGCCGAGGCGUUGUAAUCAUCACCAUUACAGCUGGCUGGAUCAUGGUGCCUUGGAAGAUUGUAUACUCUGCUGAAUCGUUGUUGAACUUUAUGGUUGGCCUGGCUGUCUUCUUGUGCCCUAUCGCCUCCAUCAUGGCCACAGAUUACUGGCUUGUCAAAAGACGUCACAUUGAUGUUCCCGGUUUGUACAGAAGACAUGGACGAUACCGCUACAAACAUGGCAUCAACUGGCGUGCUGUGGUAGCACUAUUGUCAUCUCUUGUGCCCAACUUACCGGGACUGGCAAGCUCAGUAAACAAGAGCUUAGAGAUACCAUCUGGCUUCGCACAUAUUUACGACAUGAAUUACUUGUAUGGCUUCGUUAGCGCGAGUUUCGUAUAUUGGAGCUUGUCGUACUUCUAUCCUGCAAAGUCCACACUUCUCGAAGCAUCCAUAUAUGACGAUGAUGCGGCUAUCAUAGUUGGCAUGCAGCUGGCCGAAUCAUAUGCUCAACGCACAACAAGCAUUAUACAGGAUGGUAGUAAAAGCCAGGUUGCUGUGUAUUAUGCAGAUUCGAGAGGUCGAGAUGGAAGGAGAGAAACGAGUUCUGAGCAGUGA